AUCAAACGUUUAAGGUUUCAAUUCUUCUUUCUGGUAUAACAAGAUGGACUUUGUAAACGAAGGGUGGGAAAAUGGACCAACCAGCAAGAGAGAACUCAUGGAGCCAGGGAAGAUCAAGAAGGAUAACAUCUUCAUCAUGGCCUACGGGAUGGCUUAUUUCUUGGUCUUCGUAAUUUGGGAGUUAUUAGCAGCCUUAUUUUCCUUCCUCUGGAGGCUGAUCGUGAGGCCAGAACCGAAGUCACUCAAAGGAAGGGUGUGCUUGGUGACUGGGUCAGGCCGGGGUCUUGGGAGAGAGUUCUGCCUGGCUCUGGCGAAAGAGGGAGCUGUCAUCGCCUGCGCUGACAUUAACGAAGCCAACAACAAAACGACAGCAGAGAUGGUGCAGGAGUUGGGAGCCAAAGCAGUCGCCUACAAGAUCAACGUAGCCAUCAAAAAAGAUGUUGAAGAACUUGUCUCCAAAAUAGAGAAGGACCUGGGACCUGUCUACCUGCUCAUCAACAACGCCGCUGUGGUAUACUCAACACCUCACAUUGAUGAAGAAUUUAUCAGAGCUUCCUUUAAUGUUAACGUUAUGGGGCCUAUUUGGCUAACGAAUGCAGUUCUACCAACCAUGAAAAUGAGAGAUGAAGGACACAUCGUCAAUAUUUCAUCAUUAUCUUCAAAGAUAGUGAUGCCUCCUUUAAACAUAUAUGGGGCAACCAAAUGUUCUAUGGCUUAUUUCGGUGAAUGUGUUCGUGCUGAGCUGCUAUUUGCGGAUAAGAACAACAUAUUUGUUACUAAUGUUCACCCAACAGUCAUGAAUUCUUCUGAAGAUUACUUGAGAUGUACUCAAAUGAAGGUAAAUAUGUUCGUAGAAAUGGAAGAAGUGGUUAAAGCAACGAUGGACGCUAUCCACUACAACUAUGACGAAGUUAUCAUACCACCCAUUUCGAAGUAUCCACUUAUUUUAAUAACUGAAAUGAUGCCUUCACGGACUAGUACGAAACUAAUGAAGCUCGUAAUUGAUAAAUGGAAUUUCCCAAACAGAGAGCAAACAAAAUGUCUACCCUGGGGCAAUAUAAUUAAGGAAUCCUCCUUGAUUGAAAACAACAAAGAUGUUAGAACUGAAAGAUAGAUAAAGUCUUUCUGAAUGACAUAAAUAAAUAUUGUAAAAAAUAUAUCUGUGGCACCUGUGAAUAGUAUGUUAAGUGCAAGAAUAAUAUUAUUAUAAAAAUGUAUUUGAAAGUAUGGAAUUUUCACAGGCGCAAUUUCAAUCUCUUUAUUAGUCCAUUAGACACAAAGAAAUAGAGAGAAUUAUACCUUUCUGUGGAUACCUAUAAAAAUUCACAAUAUUGUACUUAACAUACUAUUUACAUGUGUCGGCGAAAUAUGAAAAAAAAAAAAAAACUGUUUACAAAAUAAAAAAGUUCCCUUAGAUUGAUAAGAGAUAACAUGGCUUGUUGGUAACCUUGUUAGCACUCCUAAGAUAGACAUUAUUAUGUCAGAACGUUCAAGAUAACAUCUUAUAUAUGUAUAUAUUAUGAAAUUGAAAGUUAAGAAUAUAUUUCUUUUCAGAAGCCUUGAAAGAUCAUCAGAAAUCGAAUAAGAAGCAAUAUUAGAAACUUUGUUAAAAUAUAGGAAUUUCUAGAUAGGUUUUCAUUUCAUACUGAAUUGGAAACAUAAGGAAUAUUAAUAUAUAUUUUUAUAUAUAAUUUAA